ACCACUUCCAAACCCUACACAAAGACAGAUCCUCUCCAUCCAUCCUCUUUAUAUCUCAACACGUUUUUUGGAAUUUUUUGGGUCAGAUGACUUGACUCUUUGUAGAUUCUAACGUCAAUAUGGGUUUAAGAUUUCAUCAAAUGCCCUAUCUCUUCUAGUUUUCUUCAAGAGUAUUGUGUCCGAAACUCAUUCGUCCCUCUUUUCUUGCUCUGUUUUUAACUACUAGUUUGUCGCUGAAAAGUAGAGUCCCCUGUUUUUUCUGUUACUCUGUUCUCUCAACUCUGAAAAUGGCGUCCAAUAACAGGAAGAUGCUCUAUCCGUCUCAACCGGGACAAAGCUGCACCUUCACGUUCUACAACCCUUUUUGGGAGAAGUACCCACCUCCGCCACCACCACCACCACCUCCACAGAGAGAUCUCUCUGUCUUCUUCUCCACCUCAAUCUGCAUAACAGGCGCAGUCUUACUCUUCCUAUUCCUCACCGUCUUCCUCUACUUCUACAUCACGCAGAGCUCACCCGCCGCAGUAGCUCCCGUCAGCACCAACCGACGAGAGGACGAGAACGAAGAAGACGGUGAGAGAGAUAUCUCAGGCGACCAUCACUUCUGGCGUAUCUCGACCCCCGGUCUCCACCGUUCAGCGAUCGAUUCUAUAACAGUCGUCGGAUUCAAAAAGGAAGAAAGGAUAAUCGACGGCACAGAUUGUUCCGUCUGCUUAAGCGAAUUCGAACAAGACGAAGCGCUUAGACUCUUACCAAAGUGUAGCCACGCCUUCCACGUCAACUGCAUCGACAUGUGGUUGCUCUCUCACAAAAACUGUCCUCUAUGCCGAGCCCCUGUUUUCUCCACUGAGCCUCGUAAAACGAAAAGAGAGAUGAAUCAUCAUCAAUCAGAGUCUGGAACAGGGAAUGGAGAAGGAGUAGAGAGUUCGGGAUCAAGAAACGCUAAUGUUCUUCCGAGGUCACAAAGCGAUUUAGCUAGACAUUGUGGUGGCUCGGCAAGGUUGGAGGAGACUGUGAGAAGAUCGUUUUCAAUUGGAGGAAGCUCAUUGGCUAAAGCUGAUGAGGGGAGUAGUGAUGAUGUUGCUGGUCGAAGCAGAAGACAGUUUUACAGCAGCUUCGGUGUUAACUUCUUCUCAUCGUCAAGACGAUCAAGGAACCAAGGCUCAGUUCUGCCAUCAGUGUCUAUCUAGAAGGACAGUUAGAUGGUGACUACCAACUAAGUUUAAGUAAUGUAAUACUCUAGUGUGUCGUGCUAUAUAUCAGAAGUAAACAGACUGUUUCUAUGCUUGUAAGAUUUUAUUAUUGAUUUUAUAUUAAAGAGAACAAGAACAAUCCUCA